CCCUAAUUGAAAUUGAUGUAUGCGUUGGAGCGUAUGUUUCUUUCUUCUUCGCUUCUCCUAGCAAUCUAAAUCGCCGCUGCCGCGCCGCCGCCAACGCCACCGUCGACCGCUGCUCGCCCGCCAAGCUUCAGCGCCAUCGUCGACCGAAAGAAUAGUCGCCCUCCUCGCUGCUGCACAACCCAGCCGCACCCUCUCUUCUCUAUAUCGUCACCCGGCGACGCCGUCAACCGCCGCCCUCCGUCCGCCGCUGCAAGUCCCCCGUGCGGCUGCCCUCUUGCGAGUGACGUCGCCCGUUUCGCCACGACUCUGCCGCCCCGCUCCAGCCAGGCUCCGCCGCUUCGCCACAGCUCUGUCGCUCCGCUCUCGCCAGGCUCCGCCGCCCCGCUCCCGGCAGACUCCGUCCGCCGCCCAUUGCUCAGUGCACACGGUAAAAUCGUAUCAAAAAGAGUUUUUCUUUUCUCCUCUACAUAUCAAAAAAGAAACUUUCAAUUUCUCAGGUGGGCUGUUUACUAGCAGCAUCUGCUACCAAUGUUGCUUAAUGUAUAUACCAACUUUUACUUUUCUUAAUACGGGAUGGUCGUGGAACGAGUUUGGAAUGAGCUUCAGAGUAAUAAUGUAACAUAAUGGAAUAAUCCCGUGGUCAUUUGGCUAAUGAAAAGAAGAACAAUCUGAUGUUCAAGAACAUAGGAAAUAAUUUGACAUUCCACGAGAAAUAUAGAAAUAGGAAUUCCAUACAAGUGAAAUAAGCUAACUCACCCACUUAUGCAUCAUAUAAUUCUGCAUUUCGAGCUGAUUCUGCAUUUCGUGUUGAUUGUUUGAAGCUGGUUUUAUCAAAGUUGUUUUAUGCUCUAAAUCUACUCGAAUUUUUGAGCUUGAAUUUUAUUUUUUAAAUGGGUAUUUCGGAUACCCAAAUAACCCAAUUGGUUAACCGAAGCGGGUAUUGGGUAACCGAACUCCUAAAACGGUUCGGGAACGGUUAUUGAAAUUUGGCAAUUUCGAGUUCGGGUAACCGAACCCGAACCGAUCGACAGCCCUACCUAAACCCAUGCCAAAGCCCUAACCCCUCUCUCUCUCUUACUCUCAAAAUUCAAUCUUCACAGACUUUCUAUAGUCAAUAAGCACACCAUGGCCGCCUUCGCCGCCAGAUCAGCCCUUCGCUCCGCCGCCCGUAGCGCCACCGCCAGAAUAUCCCCCGGCCUCAAGCCUAGGGCUGCUCCCUCUCCAUUUCGCAUCUCAUCUCAAAGUCCGCUCUCCGCUCGCAUUUUCAGGUCUCCCGUAGAGAUGAGCUGUGUUAGCUUAAUGUCUAUGUUGCCGUACCACUCUGCAACCGCCUCCGCCGUGCUCACUUCCAUGCUAUCCGUCGCGCCUCGCGGUCACGGUUGGAGCAUUGAAGAUUCCAACGAUGAUGUAUGAUGACUGUUGGAUUGUUCGAGCGAAGUUUUAGUUUCAUGACCUCUAGGAGAUUGUCUGAUAGGUAGAGUCUCAUGCAGAGAGUUCUUAAUAUUUCGUGAUCUUUGGUAUACAAUGAGCUCAUCAUAUUUUAGAAAGUAAACUUUUUAGUUAAUUUCUUUGUUGAAUCAAAAUUCUCGAUGUUUGUAACUUUGCUUUAACAUGUGAAUCCUCAAGAAGUUCACCUGAGGCUGUUUUGUAGUGAAUUUUGUAAUAAGGUGAAAUCUGCAAGUAUGGUAGAUCCUCGAUUCUUUAUGUAAAAUACUUAUUGUCUUCUAUUUUUGUAUUGCUUCAAGACUUGCCUUGUCAUGACCUUGAUAAAAAAGAAUAGAAAAAAAAUAAAUGCUAGCAUAACCUUUUGACUCGACCUUUCCUUUUUCUUUUCGUUCAGGGUUAUGAUUACUGCUCAUUGGCUGAUUUGAGGCUUGAAGGUUUUCUGAUUCUCUCGUUUUUGUUUAAGUUGAAUAUGUAUAAGCCUCGGAUGAUAACUGGCACUUUAAGUCACAGUCUUAAUCUCUGCAUUGGUUUUUUUGCUUGUUUUCUAGCAGCAAAUGGCUAAACUAGUUUUUUUCUUUUUUAA